AUGCCGCCGUGGGGCGCCGCCCUCGCCCUGCUCCUGGCCGCGCUCGCCCUGCUUGGCCUGCUCGCCGCGCUGCUGCGGCGCCCCGGGAGGCGCGCCGUCGGAGCGAGGACCCUGCCGGGGGCGCAGGGCCAAGACCACGAGGAGGAGGUGGACGGCGCAGGCUCCGCGGACCAGUUCAGCGACGGGCGUGAGCCUCUGCCCGGAGGGUGCAGGCUCAUCUGUAAGCCGUCGGCGCUGGCCCAGUGCCUGCUGCGCGCCUUGCGACGCUCGACAGCGCUGGAGCCGGGCCCGCGCUCCUGGCUCUCCGGGCCCCACCUGCAGACCCUCUGCCAUUUCGUGCUGCCGGUGGGGCCGGGGUCCGAUCUGGCCCGGGAGUACCUGCAGUUGGCGGACGACGGGCUGGUGGCCCUGGACUGGGUCGUGGGACCUUGCGCCCGGGGCCGCCGGGUCACCAAUGCCGGGGGCCUCCCGGCGGUGCUGCUGGUGAUCCCCAAUGCCUGGGGACGCCUCACCCGCAACGUGCUCGGCCUCUGCCUGCUGGCCCUGGAGCGCGGCUACUACCCGGUCAUCUUCCACCGUCGCGGCCACCACGGCUGCCCACUGGUCAGCCCCCGGCUGCAGCCUUUCGGGGACCCGUCUGAUCUCAAAGAGGCCAUCACUUACAUCCGCUUCCGACACCCCGCAGCCCUGCUGUUCGCGGUGAGCGAGGGCUCAGGCUCGGCGCUGCUGCUGUCCUACCUGGGUGAGUGUGGCUCCUCCAGCUACAUGACCGGUGCAGCCUGCAUCUCGCCGGUGCUAUGCUGCCGCGAGUGGUUUGAGGCCGGCCUGCCCUGGCCCUACGAGCGGGGCUUUCUGCUCCACCAGAAGAUCGCCCUCAGCAGGUACGCCACAGCCCUGGAGGACACAGUGGACACUGGAAAACUGUUCAGGAGCCGCUCCCUGCGAGAGUUUGAAGAGACCCUCUUCUGCCACACCAAGAGCUUCCCCAUCAGCUGGGACACCUACUGGGACCACAACGACCCCCUCCGGGAUGUGGACGAGGCAGCCGUACCUGUGCUAUGCAUCUGUAGCGCCGAUGAUCCUGUGUGUGGGCCCCCAAACCACUUUCUGCCAACUGAACUCUUUCACAGCAACCCCUACUUCUUCCUCCUGCUCAGCCGCCAUGGAGGCCACUGUGGCUUCCUGCGCCAGGAGCCUUUGCCAGCCUGGAGCCACGAGGUCAUCUUGGAGUACUUCCGGGCCUUGACUGAGUUCUUCCGAACGGAGGAGAGGAUGAAAGGGCUGAGCAGGCGCCGAGUUUCGUUCCUAGGGGGCCGGCGUCGCUGGGGAACCCUGCCAAAGCGGGAGGUCUCUCCCUCUUCCAACCUGGAGGAGAUCUUUAGCUGGAAGAGAUCGUAUACAAGGUGAGACCUGACCCAAGAACCCGCCAGCCCUGCGAGGAAGAAAGAGCUGGGCACGGCUGAGUCCUGAAAAGGCAUUGAGGACUGAAUGGGGCAGGCAGCUUCAGCUCUUUGCCCCUGAUUCAGCCCCUUCUCUCUUAAACUGGUCUGUGGAAAGAGAUGGAACUUCAGCAAGCUAGCGUUCAUUUGCCCCUGAGCAGAACUCCUGCCCAGGCCCUGCUCUACACAUGCCAACUCAUCCUGGUUCAGCAGCUGGGCAUUCCCUGUCACUGUCCCCUGUCACCGACUUCAUAAGCCAAAGAAUAUCUCCAUGUACGUCCCUGGACUCAAGAGAAAAUGCUCGCUCACAGCAAAGAUACAAAGGAGAUGAGUUUUGUGAGCCAUUGGGCAGGUCUGUGCCACAUAAAUAAUCAGCUCUGUGACGCUGGUUCUCAAGCUGGAGCCACUUGAUGUAGUGAGGACAGGAUGUUUGUGUCUCGAUGCUACUUCCCUCGUUUUUUUCUGCGGCUGUGGCGCUCUGCUGACUUCAUGUGGUGGCAGACGUGGAAGUGGCUCACAGAGCUAACGCGUCUUGCGUUGACUGUGAGAUAGGCCCAGAGGCAGUAAGUGCUGUGCUGAGACUGGGUUGGGGAGGGCAA